AAAUCAUGCUUCUCCAAUCGUUUUAAUCUCAUAAAAGAAACUGGACCCAUAUCUAUGGCAAUAGACGCUGUCAAUAUACAUGGCGCAAGUGAACCUAAAUCCUAUAAAAUCGAAAUGGGACUUACACACGGGAAGAACGAGGCAGAGGGCAUCACGAACCUAUCUACAAACAGCAUUGCCACGUGGAGUCCCGACAACAAGGGGCCUUACAGAUAUAUGACGAUAAAGGCGAAUGAACAAAACGACACGCUAAAACUCUGCGAGGUCCAAGCACAUGGGCAUCUCCAAGAAAGACCACCUUACUUCGAGGUUGCCACUGGUAUCGCAAUGUCCAAUCCUCCUGUCAGCACAGUCUUCGAUGUUAACAGCAAAAACGUGUGCGCGUUCAUCUGCCUGCGUCAAACGGAACCAGCGUGAGUGGUAGCGCAAUUCGAUGAGGCGACGCAGAGCUGCGCCAUGUUCAACGGAUUCGAGCACAUCCAUGACCCCAGUAGUGCAAAAACAACCAUUGUUUUCAAGUUUGCUGAUCGUUUCUUUGAAAAAUAACAUUGAUUUGAUUUUCUUUUCCACAAAAGAUUAUUAUUGUGAGGUCAAAUUUUCAGGUAACAACAAUAUGUCGAUCGAAUUGUUGACACAAAAUUAUAUACAAAAAUAUAAUUUAUGUUCAGAUAAUCGCCUAAACAAAUAUCAAUAAUUAUCAAUAGUUCAAUGGAAAUCACACAUAACAAUUCUUCAACAUUCAGUUUUUGAAUAUUGUUUAGUGAAUGCCAGUGUUCUCGAUUUUACGCCUAUGUAACUUUAAACAAGUAGAAAUAUAAAUGAUCCUUGAACAUUUGGCUAAAAAAUACGAACUUUCGUUGGUGAUUUAAAAUUGAUGUCCUAACAAUGUUUGCAAGUCUCAAUUCUCAAUCGUCGUAUUCCAUGUACAAUAUUUUAAUAGAUUUCGCUAGCAUUUCUUGGGUCAAUACAAUAAGAUGAUACUGUGUUUUUGUGUAAACCGCUGUCAUUUAAACAAUCAUAUUGCGAAAGAGAUAUGCGUUGAUGUACGCUGGGCAUGAUUAGUUGUCGUGAUCAGAAUACAUACAAACAAAUAAACUUUAAAAAAUA